AUUUUUCUUUCACUACAUAACAGAUGUUUACUUGAACGUUAAACCAGAACCAAAUUCAUGCAAUUUUGAGUCAUCAACCUUUGCGAAUCUUGCCCAAUUAAUUUAGCCUUGACAUUGUGAGGCACAGUUUUCAUCAAUUAUAUUAAAAAUAAAAAGGACAUUUUGUUGUGUUGAGAGUUAUUACUUAAUAAAACAUGUCUGGAUUCGACGCUAAUCCGUUUGCGGAUCCUUUCGCUACUAGUCCUUUUAGUGACCCAGCAGUUACCCGAGUUACAAAUCAGACAAAUGCUGUACAGCCAGGCCUUGACGAUUACAACCCGUUUGCUGACCAACAGCAAGCUCAACAAAAUAAAACAUCUAGUGGUACAUUACCUCAAUAUAAUACCCCACAAAUGAAACCAGAAUCUUCUCAACCUGCUGUCAUGCAGCCAAUCUCUGAACCACCACCAGCAUAUAGUCCAACAGCUGCUCAACCUUUAAUUUCUGCAGAAUUACAAAGAAAGGAAGAGGAAUUAAGAAGGAAGGAAGCAGAAUUGCAAGCUAAGGAAGAAGCUUUAAGAGCUGGAACUUUCGAUGCAAGGGCAAACAACUGGCCACCUUUACCACAAUCUUUUUGUUUAGGCCCAUGCUUUUAUCAAGACAUUGCUGUGGAUAUUCCUCUUGAAUUUCAAAAACUUGUUAAAACUAUGUAUUAUCUUUGGAUUUAUUAUGCCUGUGUCAUGUUCCUUAAUCUGUUAGGUGCAUUAGCUCUUCUAGUUUCUGGUGCCGACAGUGUUACUUUAUUUGGAUUUGCACUGUUAGCAUUCUUGCUGUUUACACCUCUCUCAUUUGUGUGCUGGUUUAGGCCACUUUACAAGGCUUUUAGGUCUGACAGUUCUUUUAACUUCAUGGUUUUCUUUUUUAUUUUCUUUUUCCAAUUUGCUUUAUCUGUCAUCUAUGCCAUUGGAGUACCAAGUUUUGGAUCUUGUGGAUUCAUUGUCGCUAUGCAAGCUAUAAGUGUAAGUCCAGCAUCUGGAACAUUGGCAAUGCUGAUAGCUGUACUUCAUUGCAUAUUUGCUGGUGCCUCAUUUUUCAUGCUUCUUAAGAUUCACCGAAUUUAUAGAGGAACUGAACAUAGUUUUGCUAAGGCCCAGGAGGAAUUUACUACUGGAGUGUUACGCAAUCCACAUGUACAAAAUGCUGCUGCAAGUGCAGUGUCUGGAGCUGCUCGUCAAGCUAUGAACCAAUCAUUUAGUGGUAAUCGAUAUUAGCAAAGUCGAAAUCCUUGACAAUAUGACACAUUUCCAAGUACGACUUAAGAGUGAAGAAAGCGAGUUCCAUUUAUUGUCAAGAGAUUGGAAUGAUGGUCUUUCCAUUUGGUCUAUAUUGUGAAUUAUGCUGAUAAUUUUUUCAUUCGGAAAGGAAAGAUUAAAAGACAUUAUCAAUUUUAAGAUUGCAUCAUUGGAUAUUCAUCAGCUUUGUCAUUCAAUAAAAUCCAAACCUUAUUCUAUCAAUAAAUGUAUCACUUAAUUAUUUUUCUCUGCAUGCUUAGAAAUAUAGUCUACGAUUAUAAGCAUUAUCUAUGAUUGUUGUACGAUAAUCUGGAUCAGCUAUACUAUUAUUCUGUACAAUUCCCAUUCAUAGUUAACAAAAUGUAUAAUAGAUAUUUGAAUAUUAUUUGCUGAUGAUUGUAAUAGUCAUGUGUAUAGCAUUACAGUUUACUUGAUUCAUCUUUUAAGCUUGUUAAUUUGAUUUUAUAUCAGUCCAGUCUCUUAGUUUUAAUUUAUUGCGAAGAUAUGUAUAUUUUGUAUUUUUUUUUGGUAAUAAAAGAGUGAGAUUACAAUUUUUGAAAGUGCACGUAUGCAGGGUUGAGUAGCAGAAAGUAUCUUGUAUUACAACUCUAAGGGAAGAGUAUUUAAUUUUUUUAUGCAUAAAUCUGUUAUCCAGAAAUCCUUAAUUCAUUGAGAUAUGAAUAAUACAUUCAUCAGUGUUUUUGAUUUUUAGAAACUAUAGAUAUGGCAGUAUUUCAAAAUCUUGAUAUCAUUUUAUUUUAGUUUUAGAAUCAUGUUAUAUUUAUUUGGAUUGCUUUUUACAUGCUUCCAAUGUAUUGUGUGAUGACGAUUCUGCAUUUAACUGAUACACAUAACAUUAUUUUAUACUUGAGAGUAUUUGUGUUUUCUUACUUGUGUGGAUAAUAUAAUAAAUUUUCAGUUAUUAUUUCAAGAAAAUACAUUAAAUUUAUGAAUAUUUUUAUUGAAUACACCUUAAAAUAAAAAAAUUUUGCCCGUACAUAAAUUAAGAUUUAAUCUUCUUGAUGUAUUUUUAGAAUAAUUGCAUCUGUUAUAACAUAGCACAUUAUGAAUUAUUGGAAGUUUUGAUGCACACAGAAGUAGUAUUCCCUGUUUGAUUUUAAAACACAUUUAAAUUUGUCUAUUGUGGAAUGGAUAACAUGUUAAAAUGAGCUUUUAUGUAUUGUCAAUAUUGGUUCAAAUGCUAAUAAAAGAUUGUGAUAACA